CUUUACUAUAACAGCUCCCUUUUGUCUGGCUUUCGGACAACACUACUCUCAGCGACUUGUGGUGAUGGUAGGAGGCGUUGUUGGUGGAGUGGGCGUGGCUCUCUGUUAUUUCAUGAUCAGUAUAGAAUACAUUAUAUGUGUAUUUGGCAUAACUGUUGGUUUCGCCAAUGCCUGUCUAUUCGGGAAUGGUCUAGUAAUUGUUGGGAUGUAUUUCGAGAAACGUCGAUCAUUGGCCACGGCUUUAGCCCUGACAGGGGCCAGUGUUGGUCAUUUUGCCAUUCCUCCAAUUCUACAGAUACUGUUGGAUAAUUACGGAAUACAUGGGGCAUUCCUCUUUCAGGGCGGAUUUUAUCUAAAUAUUGCUUUCUUUGGAUCCCUGUACAGACCACUUACUGUCGUACACAAGAACACAAAUGUUGAGACGGAACAGGAAUCCAUGUUGACAAAUAAGUCAAUGGAAUCUCCGCGUAAAAGAUUCCCAAAAGAGCCAACAGACUUUUCUCAAUCACAUCAAAUGUUGAACACCUUACCGGAAACGUUGAAGAAACCCAGGAUGUCUUUAAGUACCAAUGACCUCACACUCGACAUCAAACUGGAUGUUAGGAAGAAGGCAAAUCGUUUCGCGUACUUGACCAGUGCCGGAAGUCAAAUGAUGGGCUCAGUGGAGAGUCUAGGUGUUAUGGUGAUGGCAGAGAAUACUGAGCAAAAUCAAGGCGAUGCAGAUAAUGAAUUAGGAAAGAAAUCCGGAAAGAAAUUUGUGUUUCCGAAAGUAUUCCAUUGGAAUGUUUUCAAAAUGCCGGUUGUGAUAAUGUACACUGUGGUUAUGUUUGUAACGUUUUACGGAUAUUUUAGUUUUGUGAUAUUUUUGCCACCAGAUGUUGUGUCACGUGGUGUGUCCAAAUUUGAGAAAACAUGGUUAGUGUCUUUUUCCGGUAUUGGAGAUUUUCUCGGUCGAGUUUUGAUAGGGCUUGUGGGCGAUUUAGGCCUAAUGAAACGGUACAAGAUCAUGGCAAUGGUUUGCGCUCUCUGUGGUUUAAAUAUCUUCCUAUUUGACUUAGCAACCUCAUUCUGGUGGAUGGGGGCCCACGUGUUCCUUUAUGGGGUAUUUGGAGGGGCAUAUGUCGCCAUCAAUGCUGUAGUGUUGAUGGAUUUGGUCGGAUUGGAGACUUUACCAAAAGCACUGUCAACUGUUCUUCUCUUCCAGGGAGCCGGGGCAGCUGUUGGUCAACCAAUAGAAGGUGCCAUCAGAGAUGCCACUCUCUCAUAUCAUCCCAUCAACUACAUGAACGGAGCAUUCCUAAUAGCAGGUGCCCUCCUACUAAUCUGUCACCCCAUGCUUCUAAAGUUGUGUGAGUCACCAAAGGCCUUACAGAACAUUGACAUUCCCAUGAUUGCGAUAGCUGAGGAGGGCCACGGACAGAUGGACGUCUGA